UCGUCUACCCAGAUUGAUGUCAACCGCUCCGUUAAAUUAUCACUAUGAUAACACACCCUCGUACAUAAACUGACGAUCAUUCAUCACUUUAUACGCAAUCUUAUUUUAAUAAUUUUAAAUUUACUCACUUAGCUAAUUAUUUUACUUUAUUUAUUUAUUUCAAAAUUCAAUUAACAAAUAGAACAUAGAAUAAAAAUUAAUUAUUAUCAAAAUUAAAAUUUUAAAAAUAUUAAGUGAAAUUUUGUAUAGAAUACAUAAUUUGUUUACAUACUGGAGUCGAGCGAUCUGCCUAAUCUCAGGAUGUUUAUCAGGAUUUAAUUAGCUUUUUAAUUAGUCGUCAAGUGAAAGAGUAGUAGAUAACUGUCGUGUUAACGCCGGAGUAUUAAUCUCAAUCUCUAGAGUCGAGUAUUACUUUAUUUAAAAGAAGAUGAUAGUGAAGAUGAUUAAAGAAGAAAUUAAAAUACAAGUUACUCGAAAUGAAGAUACUAUUUAUUUGACAAGUAAUAAAACAUAGAUAUGAAUGAAUAAUAAUCAUACUAUUUAACUCCUACUAUUGUGCUGUUUAAUUGUACAAUGAGGAUCUUAGUGUUUUCAUUACUACUAAACAUCGCAAUACAAACCAACUACCCGUCGGCUACAGUUACCGCUGAAAUGCUUCAGCAACGAUUGGGUGUCAAUUCUAUCGAUAAAAGUCCAACUUCAAAACCUAUAUCAGAUAUUGACUUACCACCAACUUUACCAAUGAUCUUUGGCACCGAAAAUUCAACUAUUAUUUAUGCACAAUCGGGUUCCACGGCAUUACUGCCAUGUAUUAUACACAAUCUUGGCGACGGAACAGUAAGUUGGAUAAGAAGGAAAGCAGUACAACAAUUGUUAACAGUUGGUCUGACGACCUAUGCAAGCGACGGACGUUUUCAGGCGAUCCACUUUCAUCACAGCGAAGAUUGGACUCUUCAAAUAAAAUACGUACAGUCUAGAGAUGCUGGGAUGUAUGAGUGCCAAGUGUCCACUCAUCCACCCGCAAGUGUAUUUCUGUUCCUCGAGGUCGUUGAAGCAAGAGCUGAAAUAGACGGUCCGGCAGAAAAAUUCGUACGUCCAGGCAGCACCCUUCAACUCCAUUGUCAAGUUAAAAAAUCAACGGAAGUGCCAUCAUAUUUUUUUUGGUACCACAACUUCCGAAUGAUAAACUAUGACGUCGAUCAAGGAGUAAAUGUCAGUACGGAUCUGACGAAUCGUGAAAGCUGGCUCGAAGUACCAAGAGCAUUAGACAGACACUCCGGAAAUUACACCUGCGAGGCAAGUAACGCCCAGAAAGCACGUGUUUAUGUUCACAUAUUUAAUGGUGACAAUCCAGCGGCGAUGCAACACAGUCUUGCGUCAGGACGAUCAACUUUUCUUGCCACACUUGCCUGGCUCAUCAUUUCCGCCGUCCAAACUACUAUUUACUCGCGACUAAGAAUUUUUUAAUGACCACACAUACACCCACCCACAACUCCAUUAUUUUCUAUAUAUAUUCUGCUCGACUCAUCUGCAUUUUAUUUUUUUAAUUUAGCUAAGCCCUUUUUUAUUUCAUUUCAUUUUAUUUCCCGACACAACAGCUAAAUAAUAAUACCGCAACCUCUAUUUAAACGUGUUAUGUAAAUAUAUAGUAAUUAAAUGCUAAUUUUAAA